AUGGAGGGAACUCUGAGUUGUUUGGACCCCGAGGGUUUGUUGGCUAGCCCGACUACAUUGUCACCGACUACGUCAAGCUCCACAGCUCUAAGCCCAAGCACUGCAGGCCCCACAACAUUGUCGCCAUCUACUGCCAGCCCAAAAACUGCAGGUCCAACUACUUUGUAUCCCACAACACUUAAACCCACCACACUGAGCCCCAGUACGUCUAGCCCGACUACAUUGUCACCAACGACCUCCAGCCCCACAACACUUGGUCCAACGACUCUGUACCCCACAACACUUGAACCCACCACUCUGAGCCCAACAACUGCUAACCCCACAACCUUGGGGCCCACUUUGCCUGCAGGUGAUCCAAGUACCAGUCCCACAACCCAGUUGCCUACAACUGUUGGUCCAUCAACUCUGGCUCCCAGCAAUGGUCCCACAGCUUUUGCAACCCCAGAUUCAACUCCUGAAGCAACUCAGGACACAACACAAGAGGUCACCCAAGAAGCGACCCAGAAAAACACUGAGAGUUUACGCCCCAGCACAGCACACCCAACUACUUUGGCUCCAAGCACUGUGAGCCCCACUAGUUCAAGUCCGACCACGGCUAGCCCAACCACCUUGGCUCCCACUGCUUCUGGAGGUGAACCCAGCGCCACGCCCACCACGCGGUCCCCAACAACUCUAGGUCCAACAACUCAGAGUCCGAGCACUGGUAGUCCCUCAACUCAGGUCCCAAGCACCAGAACUCCAUCUACAUUGUUGCCCAGCACUGGAGUCCCCACAACGGCUGUCCCGAGCACAGCAGGUCCUACAACAGGUAGCCCCAGUACAUGGGGCCCAAGCACGGCUAGCCCAAGCAACGCUGCUCCCUCCACCCAGGUCCCAAGCACCAGUGGUCCUUCAUCUGAGAUUACAACCACUGUGACUCCCAGCACAGGAACACCAAGUACCUUGAUGCCUAGUACCGUGAGCCCCAGCACCGUCAGCCCAACAACUGUAGUCCCUACGACAAUGAUCCCCAGCACUGGCACUCCAUCUACCACCAGGCCAACUACUGUUAACCCCACCCCCAGCACAGGAAUCCCAACGAGUUUGUCGCCCAGUACUGCAAUCCCAACAACUUUGGCUCCCUCUGUUCCUGUGAAGGAACCCAGCAUAGCUCCCACCACUCUUAGCCCCACAACGUUGGCUCCUUCAACAGGAAGCCCCACGACCUCGACCCCUUCAGCUAAUCCCACAUCGAGUGCUCCUACUUCCAGCAACCCAACAACAGAUGCCCCAUCAUCGUUGCCCAGCAGUGCUCCAUCGUUUUUACCAAGCAGUGUUCCCUCUUUUACUCCCAGUGAAUCACCUGUAACAGAUAACCCGACAAGCUCCAGUCCCACAACUGUUGAGCCUACAACGGCUAUUCCUUCAACCCUGUUACCAACAAUGGCUCCAACACCUGAACCUACCAACCAGCCCACCGACCAUCCAACAAGUGCUCCAAGUAACCAUCCUACACCACAACCUACUCAGCAACCCACCAACCCUCCAACUGAGCAACCAACUAGUCCACCGACAGAACACCCAACCAAUCCACCUACAGGAGAACCCACUCCACAACCAACGGACCAACCAACCAAGGGACCAACGGACCAACCAAGCAAGCAACCAACGGACCAGCCUUCCAAAGAGCCCACUGACCAACCCACACCAAUUCCAACUGAGAUGCCUCAGGAGACUCGUCAUCUGAAGAACAGGAAUUAUGUUUCUGAAAUUCGUGGAUGUUUGCACUGUGGAAAUGCCGCAAUUCCCUUUAUCUAUACCAAAAAGUCAGUUUUGUCACGAGACAUCUCAGGUUUCCUUGAAUGCACCGACCUGUCUGGUCCCUGUGUUUGGGAAGGUGAAGAAAUGCCUUCUUCCAGAGAACUGACCUUGAUGUUGUUGGAUGAUGAAUAUUAUGAUGGGGUCUUUAUUGUCUUCAUGCUGGGUUCACACCAACAGAAACCAUCUGAUGAAUCCCUUGUCCACGUUUUCUGCGAUUCUGCUCUUGCAUCCACGAAUGGCUUUUCUGAGAGAAGCAGUUUAAGUGAGAGUUUGAUCUUGGGUGGAGGGGCAGGAAACCUUGGCAACCAGCUAUUAGUUGGUCCAUUUUCAAAGAGCAACCUUCCCAUUGAAGUCUGUUUUGAGUUUACAACGAUGCAGAAUAUUGACAGGUUUCGUGUUUUGAAUGCUGAAGAUGGCCUAGAUGCGGAUGACCUUUUGGGAAGAGUUCACAACACUGAGCUAUGCAUCAGUAUUGUGGCGUCUGAAUACAGUGUGGAAUCCCAGCCCAAGUCUUUCAGUCAGGCUAAUAAUGCAGAGACUGACCAGGAAAAGACUGCAGACACAUCUGAAUAUCCCAUUGAAGGGGGCACCAACAAAGAGCUGGAUUUUGAUGAGAGCUUGGAAAGUACAGGUAGCAUGUUGAUUCAUGCUCUUGUCAUUGCCUGCUUUGGAUUGGUGAUAUGGAUGGUUCACUGCGCGAGAAAAUGGUUCUAG